AUGUUCUUCAAAACCAUCAUCACCGCUUCAGCUAUCGUUGGCCUUGCUGCCGCGGUGCCCUUCAGCACCAACACCACCACAAGUGCCUGUCCCACCCUUUGCGUGGAUGCUAUUAACGACUGUGGUGUCAUGUACGGAGCAUGCUAUCCUAUUUGCUCUCCUCAGCUGUAUCCUACACCACCGCCAUGCACUCCUAGCACCCCAAUUAGUACACCUACCAUCACCCCAACCACUUUCACCACACCAGCCCCUGAGUCCGCCACUACCUCGACUCUGUAA